AUGGGUCCGUCGUCAAUGGCUUCGGUUUCUACAGCUUCUUCUCUUCUUUUCCCUUCUCGAAAUUUCACAUCAAUUCCGAUUCGGAGAAGAAGCUUCGUGUCAUUCGUACGAUGUUGUUCUAGGAAUCCUUCUGUAUCCAUUACCAACGAGGAAAAGAUUCUCCGUUUAGUGGCGAAAUCCGACGGGAAGUCACUUCCAUGCGUGCGGACUUACGAGAACGAUUCGGCUCGAGUAAGCCUUGUUGGUACGGUAGCUUUUGAUCAGGCUUUAACCGCUGCUGCAGCCGACGGUGGUGAAGCCGCCGAUGAACACCUUCGAGAUAAUGUCCCUGUUAUGGUGGUCGAGACCGUUUUCCCCGGAGGAUCUGACCCUAAGGCUACUGUAUCAACCCGAUUGUUCUUGCCUACUCCGAAAGUUAAAGAACGAGCAAAGAAGCUGCGGAGAUCUCUCUCAGAGGAUCUAUCUAGCGGAGGUUUGUCAAGGAACAUACUUGCGAUGACGUUUAGGCAAGUUGUGUUGCGGCAGCUUUGGAAUUUUCAGCUGGUGUUGUUUGGACCUGGAGCUGAAAGAGAAAUGGGAGAUUACGAGAGCCCUCGAGAGGUUUCUACAUCCUUCACUCUUAGCUCAUCAGAUGAAAGGGUUAUAUCUGCUUUUGCUGAAGUUAUAUGCAUUUCUGUUCUUCAAAACACUGAGAAGCAUUUCCUCGAUGAUUAUUUGGGAAAAGCUAAGUUUCCCUUUUUCAGAUGGUUAAAGAAACAUAGGAAGAUUGCUUCAAGAGACUGCUCGGUUGUCCUGUACAAGUUAUUUGAUGAUGAGCUAAGUGAAAAUACCAACCACUUGCUUGAGUAUUUCCAAUCAAGGAAGGAAAAUUUCAGAAUCGCAGACACAAGGCACAGAAGCAGGUGGUGGAAUUUGUCUGCCAGUUCUAAGUUGGAAAAAAUUGGUGGACCUGGGUUUAGUAGUUUGGCAAAUGAGUAUUUACCUGCAUAUCGACUAGAAAUUGAUACUACAAUACUUGGGGACCUCAAGCUUGAGGGAUGGAGAAAGUCUAGCGAGAAUAAGUGGGAGGUUCUUCUAACUCACUCCCAAAUGGUUGGAUUGGCUGAAGCAUUGGAUAUGUACUUUGAAGAUAUAUACUCACUGCCCAGGAAACAGCUACCAUGUAAUUAUUCUGGAAAUUACUCAGACUUACCGAAUGAAAAGAGAGGAUUGUCUUUGUUGAAAAUCAUAUCGGUCACCAUCGCCAGUGGAAUUCUUCUUCUUGCCGUGGGUGCUGCAGCUCAAUUCUGUUUUCCUCAGCAAAGCCAGAGAAAGUAUCCUGGUAAACACCAAGAUAUUUUAUGGUCAGAGAGUGCAUUGUUAUCUCACCAAUCUUCAGAUUCCUCCGAGUUGGAUUCAUUCUGCGGAUUACUCGUCAACAAGCUCAAGGAUGCAUACUCUUGGGAGGGAGAGAUAACCCUAGAAAGCAGCAUAGGUGCCUGGAUAGGGGAAGUACCUGAAUACUUGAAAGAAACCAGCAGAGCUAAGUCUGGUGAAGAUCACAUCGAUACAAGCUCCUCUCUUCUGGAGAAACUCAAUGAAGACGCAAAGGCAUCUGCGCAAGAUAUUGCUACUUACCAGGUAGUGUUAUCAUCUGAAGGUAAAAUUAUAGGGUUUCAACCGACUAGUCGGGUGGCUGUGAACCAUUGGGCUGCCAAUCCUUUAGCUAAAGAACUUUAUGGCAGAAGAAAGCUCUCGCCUGGGCUGAUUGAGCCUGGUCUCAAGAGUCACUCUCCAACAAAAGUAGUUGUAUUGGAAUUGUUAAUGUCUGUGAAUUCUGAUCGUCCUUUUGCAUUGGUUAGACCAUUAUUGGGACAACAACCAUAG